GUGUGGAAACUGACAAGGAGAGCAUGUGUUGCGCCCACCCGACCUUCUUCCCCGGCUGCAACAGCAUGGAGGUCGUCUUCCCCGGCAUGCACGCACUGGCCCUCGCCGCCGUCUUCUCCGCCUCCGUCCUCGUCGAGUGGUGCGACCACCGCCUCGUCAUCGCCGCUGCAGCGGCGUCGGGGCUGACGCAGACCGCCAUGCACGCCGCUCGCGUCGGGCUCGGCUACGUGCUGAUGCUGGCCGUGAUGUCCGACGCGGCCGCGAUGGCCGCGGCUGUUUUGGGCCACGCCUUGGGGUUUGUGGCCUUCGUCCACGCUGCUUCCAGGCCGUUGACCCCCGGCACGAAGGCUCGUCUCCAUCCCAUCGUCUGUUGACUCCUUUCGGUGUUAAUGGUUAUUCGGCGAUUAAGCUAAAUACGUACGAUUAGAAGAACAGUAGUUUGUUUCCUCCCACAAAGUUACUAAUGAUUAAUCUCAAGUCAGGGGAAUGCAUCCAAUUAAAUCCAAA